AAAGGGAAGAGAGAGGGCUGUGGGAGGACUCACCCCCAGCAGCUGAUAUAGCUCUAUUUAUAGCUUCUUGGGCCUUGUCAUUGUAUUAGUGCAUACAACUUGGCAGAACGGACACAUGCUUUUAACUUUUCUGUGAGUUAAAGGAACACAAGAAGUAGCUGUUCUUUUCAUUUCCCUACAGGAAUCAGAAUGAACAAACCAAAGAUUGUAAGACCAGAAGCAAGCCAGCCAGCGCAUGCACUAUGGUUCGACAGAAAGAAAUACGUCACCAUCAACUUUGUUGUUCAUAAGCCCAAAGAUGUCCAAGUAGACAUCCAGCCAGAUAAAAUGACUUUGUGCUGCAAAAAUGAUACAGAUGAUGUCUUCUACAACGAAUUGCACUUUUACGACAAAGUCCAAAUCUAUGACUCCAGGGAGAGAGUGUAUGACCGCACCAUUAACGUCUUGCUAAGAAAGAUAAAACCUGACGUUGCAUGGCCUCGUCUCCAGAAGGAUACAGCAAAGCCAAGCUGGAUUUCCGUGGACUUUGAUAACUGGAGAGACUGGGAGCACGAGGACGAUGAGGGAAAGGCGGAGUUCGACCAGUAUGUGGAUAUGAUUCAAGAAAUGGCCAGUGAAAACAAAGGAGCAGUACCGGAUAUGGGGGACCUCAGUGAUUCUGACUGACACGGACAGAGCUCUUUAAUACAUUUGUCGUGGACAGAUUUCCUUAUACUGCCCCUGGAUUUUAAAUACUAUGCUAAUGCUUGUGAGAUUUGUUGUGAAAUGAAUGUGAUUCUUCUAAAUAGUUUUUUUUACACAAGUAUAUUUCCUAUGUGUUUAUUUGUGCUUUAUGGUUUAUUGUAACAUAUUUUUGUAUAUUUAGUUUUCUAUUAGAAAGAUUAAAAUUUAAAGGAUUAUUAAAAGUGACAUGUGUCCAAAGAGGGUUGUGACAGAAUUUUGAAUUAAUCCACCCAAUUUUGAUCAAGGGUGGGAUAGCCCUGAUCAUGCAGGAGCCAAAGAAAUGGGCAAAGCUGUACAAGACAAAUACCAAGUCAAUGUAUUAGAACCAGAAAACAACUGCAGAGCAGGGGUUUUCUGGUCUUGUCAGUCUAUAAAUAAAGUAAAACCCAGGCAGUUUUAUCACAUAUUCUAAAAUAUUUCAAAUCUUUAUUUCUUGUGUUGCUGGUGAAUAAGGCCCUAAAUCCCCCAAAUUCAGUGACUCAGAAAAUUAGAAUGUUACAUUAGUACAAUAAAUAGGAAAUUUCAGGCUUCUGAAAUGUGCAUUUAUUUAAAAGAACUCAGUACUUGGUUGGUGCUCCUUUUGCAUAAAUAUCCACAUGAGCACAGCGUGACAUGGGGGAGAUGAGCUUGUGGUUCUCCGGAGGUGUAUUGGAAGCCCGGGUUGCUUUAAUAGGGACCAUCAGGUGAUCUGCGUUGUUGGUUCUGGUGUCAUCUUUCUCUUGAUUAUACUCCAUAGAUUUUCUGUGGGGUUAGGUCAGAGGAGUUUGCUGGCCAGUCAAGGACUGUAACACCAAGGUCAGUGAACCAGCUUUUGAUACCUUUGGCAGUGUCGAGAUUUACGUUUUUGUUUGUUUAUUUUGGACUUUUCUUGGAUUAGCCUUCACCUCUCAGCCACUAUCCAAUCAGCUCAGUCUCCUUCCAGCCAACACCUUGCUGUUAAUCACACCCACCUGCUGCACUAAUUAGGGAACUCUGGUCACCUGUUCACCUACAUAUACCUACAUGUUCUGGUGGUUCCCCGGUCUAUGUCACCUUUCACUACCUGCAUCCUCUGGUCUCCUGCUCAUCCCUGCCUGCAAAAAUUCUGCCAAAAUUAUUCUGCCUAGUCUGGUUCUGUUUGCCUGCCUCACCUGUCAUUACUCAUCAUCUUCACAAUAAACAUUUUAAAUGUAA